AUGGUUUCAGCCGCCAAGUAUGCGCGCGCAGAAAAACUUCUAUCAGAUGUGAAGGAUUUUGGGUUGGGCACGAAAGUGUUCUACAAUCUUUUCCCAGUUGAGAAGGAGGCGAAAGACGGUGGAGGGGUGGCAGCGUUUGCCGUGACGUCAGACCGCGGUUUGUGCGGCGCUUGUCACAAUGUGGUCUCCAAGAGGGUGGUGAAGUAUUUGGAGGGGGUACCGGAGAACCCACAGGUGGUCUGUGUGGGAGAGAAGUCGCGUUCGAUUCUACGUUACAGGUUUAAGGAUAAUAUUUUGUUGACGGUGGGCCAGGUUGGGCAGAAACCACCGACAUUCCUGGAUGCUAGUAGGAUUGUGAUCGAGGCUAACGAGCUAGGGUUGGGUGAGAUGUCGUGGUUUAUCGCCUACAACAAGUUUGAGUCGAUUGUAAAGUACGAGACCAGUGAGAUGGAGAUUGCCAGCGUGAAAUCGAUCACAGAUUCUGAGGAAAUGUAUAAGUAUGAAGUGGAGGAGCCCGAGGAUCUGUUGGAUUAUCUGGAGUUUUCACGGCCCGCUCUGCUGUUCUACGCGAUGUGCGAGUCGUCGUGUAGCGAGCAGUCGUCGCGCAUGACGGCCAUGGAUAAUGCGUCGAAGAACGCGUCGGAAAUGAUUGGACGACUGCAGUUGCAGUACAAUCGCAACCGACAGCGACUCAUCACAACCGAGCUGAUCGAGAUCAUUUCGGGAGCGUCGGCUUUGGAGAAGGAGGAGUAA